GUGUUUAUUUAUCCAUAUUGAAUUUGCUAAGUCUAUACAGUUAAGUUUCCUAACCAAAAUAUCUGUCGUCACCAUUUAUUUAAAGUUAACGAUGUUCAGAGAGUGGCACUGAAACGUAGCUUUCAUGGGAAGGGGACAAGUAUACUCCCUAUUAGGUAUGAAGAAGCUAUUAAAUUCUUCCUCGAAGAACAUGAGUUUGGGUAAGUUAAUUAUAUUAAUUGACCGUUUUUGACAAUUAUCGCAUUUCAAGUUUCUUAAACAUAACUGUUUUAUGUAGGGAUAUAAUAUGGGAGGACGAAGAUCGUACCAAACCUGCAUGCAGCCCUGAUGCCUUAGUGCAGCUCCUGCAUGACAAGGCUCUACGGAGUGACGUAUGCUAACUGUGAUGAACUACUACUGCAAAUUGUAAUUUGGUACUGAGUGCGUACUUCUUUUAUUGCGUACAGGUAAUCAAUGUGUACUUUCGCAUUUUGGAGCUUCUGCCUCGUGCCACUAAUGAGAUUAUUGACAAUCCAUGUUUAUAUUUGCGCUGCGAGAUCCAGGUUUUGAAUUACUGCUCAUGAUGUCUCGUUCUUACAUUUUUCCAAUUGAAAUUCAGCGUGCCAUCUAAGCUGCGUCUCCUAAAUUGUAUGCAGGCUGCCGUGCUCCAGCAUCUACCAUUGGAUUACCUCUCAAUUACCACUGAUGUUACCAAAAGAAUCAUAGAGGCAUUGCUGCCCAGUAUUCAAACAUGGCUUCGGGAAUUCAGAUGUGCUGAACUUCAAAAGUGUAGAUAUCUCUUCAUUCCGAUGAAUACGGGAUGGCAUUGGUAUCUACUUUCUCUGGACUUGAAGGACCAGCGUUUCGAAUGCUACAACUCCUUGUGGAGUUUCGACGUUGGGGAGGACGCUGUUAGAUAUGCUUCUUUUGUGAGAUCGUGGCUAAACGACGUUGUCGGAUUUCGUAUCCCAGAAUUAGCAUAUUCUGAAAUUCGACAAUGUGCACAACAACGAAAUGAUAGUGUUGACUGCGGGGCAUACAUGCUUAUGUUUGCAGAGGGACUUACCCGAGGCAGCACGAGACCAUUAAAGGAAGAAUUGAAGGAUCCAUCUUUAUACAGGAGCUGGGCUGCAGGGAGUAUUCUAUUGCAUUCCGGGAGCGUUGCCAGCGUUAGGUUUAGGUCAAUGUACCCUGGGAAGACUUGUAUAGAGAAAUCGUAGACUACGUGUUGUAUCACAUGAAUGCAAAUUAGUUGUAAAACUUGAUUGUAAAUGUGUUAUAAAGGAUGUUUGUCCAACUGUAAUUUUCUUGUUCUCUGUAAUAAAACAUUUUCAGACAUAAUAUCAUUAUUCCGUGCAAAGUCCUUAUGUAUUGGCAAUUUUUCCAACUCCCUGUCAUGCUCAUCGCUUAAACGAAAAGUCUACGGUGACUUAUUAAACUGAGCCACCUAAAAAUUGAUUUAUACAGUACGAGUUUAUCGUAACAAUAUCAUCCUGCACAAUAGUAACAAUGAUAUGCAGCAACUUUGGUGGUUUCAUAAAGCGUGUCGGAGUUUGAGAAACUGUCGCCUAACAUUCAUGUGGUUGAAUCCUAAAUUCAGAGGUCGACACUGGCACACCACGAGUCGAGUCUGGCACAGCAUCCUAAAUUCAGAGGUCGACAUUUGUUCGCGACGAGUCAAGCUAACUCACCAGCCACUCUUAAGGGAUGCAAACCUGAAUGUCCGGAGGUCGACUCUGGCACACCAGCCACUCUCUGUGUUGGCUCUGUGCCACUUAAGGGGUCGACUCGCCAUUCACUGGAGUCGACUCCCUUAGACUGGAGUCGACCCCAGCACACCAGGCACUCUUAAGGGUCGACUCCCUUAUGUCCAGAGGUCGACUCCAGUCUGCCUGAGGUCGACACUUAG